CAAGAGCCAAGGAAAGUAUCCUAAGAGCCAUAUCUGCGCGCAAUAAUUGUCUUACCAUGUUCGCCUCUUCAUCUUGUUGAGCAUGAUAUGAUGCCUUUUCUAGCUGAUCCCUCAUAGCUCGAUUUGUUUGAUAUGCUGCUUUUAUAAUUGAUUAUAAUUUAUAUGCCAUUUAUUAUUUAUCCCUCUAUCAUUUAUUCUACAGGUUGUAUUCUAAAUUUUGUUUAUUCGUGCAUCUGUAUAAAUAGAAGGUUACUCAAGAAUACAGAUCAGAUCAAAAUUUUCAUCUCAUCUCAUCUCAUACCACCAAUCACCAUACCAAGCAAAGAACAAUGGCAACGGAGUUGUCUCUUCUCUCAUGUCUCCGGGACUACCUUUCCUUCCUCUUCUUCUCCUUCACCACCAUCUUCCUUCUGCUCUCUCUACUACUUCUAUUACUGAGAUCGCGGCCUUGGUGCAACUGCCACGUCUGCAGGGCCUACCUGAGCUCGUCAUGGACCACCGAGUUUGAGAACCUCUGCGACUGGUUCACACACCUCCUCCGUGAAUCGCCGACUGGAACCAUGGACAUCCAUGUGCUCGGUAACACGAUCACCACCAACCCCAACAACGUGGAGUACAUGCUCAGAACCCGGUUCGAUAACUUCCCCAAGGGGAAGCCUUUCUCGUCCCUCCUCGGCGACUUCCUCGGGCGCGGCAUCUUCAACGUCGACGGCGAGUCGUGGCAGUUCCAGCGCAAGAUGGCGAGCCUCGAGCUCGGCAGCGUCUCCGCCCGCUCCUAUGCCUUCCACAUCGUCUCCUCCGAGGUCCGCCGCCGCCUCCUCCCCCUCUUCGCCACCGUCUCCGAGCGCUCCAUCGCCGCCGAUAGCGUCAUCGAUCUCCAGGACGUGUUCCGGCGUUUCACCUUCGACAACAUAUGCAGGAUCUCCUUCGGGCUCGACCCGGGCUGCCUCGAGGGGUCGCUGCCCGCGUCGGAGUUCGCGGAGGCCUUCGACACGGCGUCGAGGCUGUCGGCCGGGCGGGCGACGACGGUGGCGCCGGCGGUGUGGAAGCUGAAGCGGCUCCUGAACGUGGGCUCGGAGAGGGAGCUGAAGCGGGCCAUCCGGAUGGUCAGCGCGCUAGCCGACGAGGUGAUAAGACGGAGAAGGAAGCUGGGCUUCGCCUCCAACCUCGACCUCCUCUCCAGAUUCAUGGGCUCGGUCGACGACGACCGCUACCUCCGCGACAUAGUCAUCAGCUUCUUGUUGGCCGGCCGCGACACCGUGGCGUCCGGCCUCACCAGCUUCUUCCUCAUCCUGUCGAAGCAUCCAGCAGUAACAGCCGCCAUUCGGGACGAGAUAGCCGACGUCAUGAGCGGCAGCGGCGACGACGAAGAGGCGAGUUUGAAGCAGCUGAAGGAGAUGCACUACGUCCACGCGGCGAUGUACGAGAGCAUGCGGCUCUACCCCCCGGUCCAGUUCGACUCCAAAUUCUGCGUCGAGGACGCCGUGCUCCCCGACGGUACCUUCGUGAGGAAAGGGGCCAGGGUGACAUACCACCCCUACGCCAUGGGGAGGAUGGAGGACAUCUGGGGACCCGACUGCGAGGAGUUCAAGCCGGAACGGUGGCUCCACAACCGAAAGUUCGUGCCGGCGAGCCCGUUCAAGUACCCGGUGUUCCAUGCCGGACCGCGGGUGUGCCUCGGGAAGGAGAUGGCUCUCAUGGAAAUGAAGACCGUCAUCGUGUCGGUGGUUCGCAGCUUCGAUGUCCAAGUGCUCGACGGGGGCCGACCGCCAAGGUUCGCCCCCGGACUCACUGCAUCGAUUCGCGGCGGGCUGUCGGCUCGGGUGCGGCGGAGGAGCUCCGGCGAGAAACGGCCGGGUCACGGCACAUGUUAGAACUAUUGUAUUGUGAUGCGCUAUAGCGCACCACAUGAGCCCCAUGGUGGGAUCGAUACCUUACGUCAGGUACAGAGAGCGGAAGGAGAGUGUUCAUUUUCUCGGUGGUGGCUGUCGGCAUGUUGUUUAAUUAUGAGAACAAGUAAACUUUUGAAGGCUUGUUUCUAUCAAUUAGGAAGGAUAGGAUGCGUCUCUCUCAGUCUCUUAAUGGGUGGUGGCCAUGUAGCAGAUUGCACAGGCCAGAGAGGUAGUAGAGGCCAAGUGGGAUGGCUGAAGUGUGAUUUCAGUGUCAGAUACCUGAAUUGGUGAUGUAUACAUCUUGACUCAGCCAGCACGAGGUUCCCAGUUCCCAAUUCCCCCCACCCAUGGUUUUAUGUUUAAUCAUCAAUAAGGUCUCUGCAUGCAUGUAUGUGUCACAUGCAUAUAUAAUAUAUAA